GCCAGCGAAUUAGUUGCAGCUAGUUGGCCAGACCAUAAACAUGUCUUUAACCGAUCGUCGGAGUUUUGUUGUGAUUUGGAUAUGUGCAAUCGCUUACCUGGCGGCGGCGGUGAAUGCCCAGAGCGGUAGCGUUAACUGGAAUGCUGGCAAUAGUGCGGGCACCGGCGCCUGGUCAAACGCGCAGGCGGGCGGCAUGCAUCCGCCGGGCAGCCUGGGCAGUACAGAUCCACAGUACAGCUACGGUUAUGCGGGCAUCGAUUCGCGUGGCCCCUACGGCGGCGUCGGCGGCAAUGGUGGCUACUAUGUCAGCGGCACCGACGAGCAUGGACGACCCUAUUCCUAUAAUGGCGGCAUGGGCGGCCAGCCCGUGCCCCCACCGCCCGGCUAUCCGAACAACUAUGGAUAUAGAUCGAGUGCUGGCGCUGCUGUAGCCUCUGUGGGCGUGGCUCUGUCGCUGGCUCUGCUGGUGGCGAGAUCUUAAAGCCUCUUAUAAUUUUGACUCAUUUUUUUUUAUAAUAAGUAUAUUGUUAACCCUUUUUUUUUUGUUAUUUAUAAGCGUUAUUUAUAGAAAUGAGAUACCAAAAUGUGAAGUGAGCAAUAAAAAUGCGUUUAUUGGAUACAUUUUAA